AUGCUAGAAUCUCUAUAUGAAGAAGCGGCCGGCCACAGCAUACCCCGAGACGCCACCGCCCGCAGCCUCGCCAAUUCCUUCCUGUCCGGGCUGAAAAGAAAGAGCGAUGAAAAACGCAUCAAAGCUGCCCGUGAACUUUACAGAUUCAUCCAAAAUGAACUGAAAGAUGAGGGAAACCAUUACGUGAACGAAUUCUUUCAUGCUUUCGACGCAAGCUCGAAGGACAAAGAGAAAAACGAAUUGCAAGAUUGCCUGCGGGAAAGCUCUGAAAUCGAGGAAAAACGAGCCGGCAUCUUCAUCAUCGUUUGUAUACUCGAAGCGCCGGCCACGGGAGAAGCCUCCAGAGUCAAUCGCUACGCUAACUUGUUGCUUCGAAGUUUGACACAACCAAACACUGAUGAGCACACGAUGGAACUGGCCGCCCGCGGGCUCUCUUAUUUGAUACAGACUUCAAAAGUGACGGAGUUAGUCAACAAAUGUAUGGAUCAAUGCCUGGAAUGGUUAGAGGACAACGAGCGACAAGAAAAACGUCGCCUCGCCGCUGCGUUUUUGACACGAGAACUCGCCCUCUUCACGCCGACCGCCUUUUUCGCGAGGGCCACAAAUUUCUUCAAGAAUAUAUUUAAAGUGGUGCACGAUGCCAAGCCAAAUCUACGCAUAGCUGCUGUAAAUGCUCUCCAUGCCGCUUUGACGAUCACUUCCCAGCGAGAAGCCCGCCAGAAAACGGAGUGGUAUCGGGAAUGCUUCAACGAAGCCAUGGUUUGCGAUAUUUCGAGCGGUGAUAACAACCGGAUGUCGCAUUUGUCCAAGGACGAUCGGAUACACUCGAUGCUGCUCGUGCUCAACGAAUUGGUGAAGAUCAGUGACGCCAGUUACGAGAAGCACAGAAUGUCAACGUUGGGCCAUGAAGUCGGCACUUUCUCCGGCGGUUCCACGAACCCGGUCGACUGGCUGACCGAAAACCGGACGACGCAUAUUGUUGAGAGCCUGACAGCGAGGAGCAUCGUUGUGCAAAAUCUGGAAAUGAUUAUUCACGUCGCCUACGAGGCCCGCAAUUCCAAAUCGACGUAUGUGCAAACGGUGUUGCUCGAGCUGUACCCACGAUUGAGCGCCUGGGAGGGAUUCGGAGCGCGAGAACGGCAGUUGAGGGAGAUGUUCGAGUACACGUUCAGACAAAUGCGAUCCAGCCCUCAGCAAGCCAUACCGUCCGUUGGGAUGUUCAUGAAGCUCCAUCCGGCCGCCUUCGAGGACCGGAUACCGGAUGUGGUCGCGAUAAUAGGCGACCCUGAAUUGACGGUGCUCGCCCUGGACACGUUGGGCAGCUUCAAUUUCCCUCGCGGUGAUCUGCUGACGUUUUUGAAGUACAUAUCGGAGGGCUAUUUGGUGUGUCAGAACAAGGACGUCCGGAUCGCGGCGGUGAAGUGCACGGUCAACAUGAUCAUUCCGUUUAUGAAAGUCUUCCACCGUUGCCAUCGCGAAUAUCGAGGUCAACUCCAGGAGACGAUCAUCGGCGUGCUCACCAGGGUUGUUUCUGUGGGUGUCGUUGAUAGAGACGUGGAAGUGCGACUCUGCGUGCUGGACACGCUUUUUAAUGGCUCUUUCCCGUUGCUGUCGUUGUUGGCAACAGAUCAGAUGCUGACGAUGCUUUUCAUGUGCAUUCAUGACGAGAAGCCCGAAAUCCAGGUGGCGGCUAUUCGCCUCCUCGGAAGCAUCCGUAUGACCGAGGUCAAUCCAGCUGUCAUCAUACCACGACUUCGGCGCAUACUGCUCGAAUCGUUGAGCCAGUUGAAAACGAGUGGAAAUGCCAGGCUCGAGCAGCACAGCGCCCGUCUCAUCUGCCAGCUGGCUAGGCAGAACCCCGACUUCAUCAAGGUGUACGUCAGCCCAACCACGGAAGCGCUGCUGUCAAGAUUACGAAUCGAAUCCGUCCAUUCCGAUGUGACGGUGGAGGUGCUGGAUUGUCUGGGCGAGCUGGCGCUCGUCGGCGGCUCGGAAAUGGUUCGAAAUCUUCCCGUCGUCUUCAAAUUCCUGCAUCAGUGCAUCACGGACAGCAGCCAUCGUAGGAGGCGACAGGCUGCGCUACGAGCAAUGUGCCGCAUCGUUCGAACCACCGCCUAUACGGAAAUGAGCGCCGAGAUGCGGCGACAAACAAUCCAAGUGCUCGGUGUGCUUGGCGCGCUGGAUCCGUACCUACGGAAGGUGUAUCUUGGCGACGUCCCGUCUUCUUCAACCCUCUCCACCGCCCUCUCGAUGCCGUCUACUAGAUUCCAAACGGAUACGAGACAAGAGGUGAUCCAAUGGUUCAACUACGAGAAGUGCACCCUCGAGGAAUUCUACCCGUCGAUCACGCUGGCCAAUCUGAUGUUGAUGGUCCAGGACGAUGCCUACAACGAUCAUUACAAACAGAUCGCCCAAGCGCUGCUCACGAUUUUCCAAGGGAUGAACCAGGAUGAAUACAAGGCCUAUGUCGAACAGGUGCUACCCCGCCUCAUCGAAGUGACGCGGAAGAACCGACAGCUGGAACACCGGAAGUUCUUCAUCUCCCAAAUAGCCCAACUCGUCGACAUUGUCCGGCUCCACGCGAAGAACUACAUGAAGUCCAUCUUUCAAAUGAUUGCUGAAGCCUGGUGCGAAGACCAGUCGAUGAAGCUCACCAUCAUCAGCGCGUUGGAAUUGAUGGGGACGGCGCUGGGGAAGGAUUUCGCCCCGUUCGUCGACGAGCUGAUCCCGUAUUUGCUACGCGUCAUCCAGUCUGAUCGGACGGCCGAACGACGGCUAACUACCAAGGUGCUGGCGUGCGUGGGUGCGCUGUCCGGAUGUUUGACGCCGCACCUCCACCUCGUGCUGCCGCCGAUCCUUGCGAUUGUCGACGACUCGAACAGCCUGAUGAACGUGCGGGAAUUGGCGCUGAACACUAUUCUGCAAUUAGCCGAAAGCGAGGACGUCUCCGAAUUUGCGCCCCGCCUGAUGCAAGCCUGGCUACGUGGUGUCGAUGUCGUCUCUCUGCAAAAGCCGCUGCUCAAAUUACUUGUUGUUGUCGCCGGACAGAUGUGGCGCCACUUUGACGUCUACCGGACGAGCGUCGACAUGGCCCUGUUGAAGCACAACCUGCAAUGCCCCGAGUAUGAUCGGUUGACGUUCACGAUGAUGGACCACGAGCUGAAGCAUAUGGCUGGCACGGCGUGUGCCCCGAAUCCCCUACCACCAUCACAGUUUGACCACUCGAAGGGCCGGUCGAAGAUGACGCGCCGCCAACCCGUCCAGGUCAAGAAGCAAAAGUUCAGCGCCGAGCUCGUCCGCCCCAACUGGAUGACGGAAACCCUGGUGAAUCGCGAGGACUGGUCGCAAUGGUUGACGAAGUUGCGCUCGGCUUGCCUCAGGCUCAGUAGCAGCGCUGCGCUGAGAGGUGCCGCUCCACUCACCGAUCUCUACCCCCAUUUGGCCAAGGAUCUGUUCAACGCGGCUUUCAUGUCCGUCUGGACCGAGCUGAGCCAACCGCACCAGGAUGAGUUGACGAAAAACCUCGAAAAUGCCCUGCGAAACAGUGGACAACCGGACAUUGUGCAGACGAUCCUCAACCUCGCCGAAUUCAUGGACCACUCUGAGAAAGGCCCAUUGCCGAUCCCGUAUCACGUGCUGGGAAGUGCCGCCGAAGGCACCCGCGCCUAUGCAAAGGCCCUCAGAUACAAAGAAAUCGAGAUCGAGCGCAAAAUUGCGAAACGAUACCCGGUGACCCCUGAAGAUUGUCAAGCCCUCAUCACGUACGCCAACAAAUUGAACGUGCACGAUGAGGCGGCUGGCGUCGUCAAAUACGCUGAAAAGCAUGGAAUCCAAGCGGUCCUCCAGGGGAAAUGGUACGAGAAGCUGCAGGAUUGGGAGAAAGCCCUCGAGUUUUAUCAGAAAGAGCCAAACCAAGACCUGGUCGCCCAGUACGAGAUGCGAUGUCUGGAGGCCCUCGGCCGAUGGAAGGACCUGAACGAGAUGGCGUCGUUUGAGAAGGCGACGGCGAACCCGAAGAUUGCCGUCAUGGCAGCAAGAGGAGCGUGGGCGGAAGGUCAACUCGAUAAAAUGGCCCAAUUCGUCGAGAUGGUGUCACCGAACACGCAAGAUGGCUCGUAUUUGAGGGCCGUGCUGGCCGUGCGAAAUCAAGAAUUCCGCAAGGCGACGUUUUUGAUUGAUAAGGUUCGAGACAUGUACGACACGGAGUUGACGGCGUUGGCCGGCGAGAGCUACGAGAGGGCGUACGGAGCGAUGGUGCUCAUCCAGCAACUUGCCGAGCUGGAGGAGGCUAUCGAGUAUCGAGUCCGCAAAGAUCGGCGACUUCGUAUCUCGCUGCUCUGGUCUCGCCGGCUGCUCGAUUGCCAGGAAGACGUCGAGCAGUGGCAGCGCGCCUUGUUCUUACGGGAGAUGGUCAUGCCGACAAAUCACAUUCUUCCCCUCAAGGUGAAGUUUGCGUCGCUGUGCCGCCGUCAGGGACGUCAUGACAUGGCCAAGGAUGUCCUGCGCAGUCUAUUAGGUAUCCCGCCCCGAGCCGAGCUCCACACCGCCUCUGUGCCCCAGGAUAAGCCAAAUUUGGUGAUGGCCCUCUGCAAGCAGCUGUGGGCUGAUGGGCUACACGGGUCGGCGGUGGCCACGCUGGAUGCAUUGUCGCGCCAUUUGGAAAGGACGGCCACUACGGAAAUGCCCACGCAAAAGCGGAGGACAUUGGCAAAGGUAUUCGUGAAACUUGGCGAAUGGACGUACGCGGAAGGACUGCGAAAUAUUGAGAACAACUCUUAUCCCAAGCAAUCGGUCGGCUCUUCUGAAGGAGCAUUGGCCCAGCUGUUGGCCCAGGCCGAACCGAUGUCGAGGAUGAAGAACGAGCGCCACCUCUCCCAAACCGUCAUUCAGCUCUACCGAAAAGCCGCCGUGCAGCAUGACCCCAGCUGGCACAAGGCAUGGCACCGUCUCGCCAUCACCUACUACGCGACGCUACAGAGGGAACGGGAGCGUCUUCUAGCCGUCACGAAUUCGGCUGGUGGCCAGGCCCAUCUUCACGGCUCCUUGAGCGCACCAGCGGGAAGUAUUCCUGAAGAUCAACCGAAUACUGGCGCGACUCCUGCUGCGAAGGUUGUCGCCGAGCUGCGCAACAACAUCAAGCAGCUCGCCCUGCACUCGAUCUCCUCCUUCAUCGAGGCCCUGAAGCUCGCCAAGGGAUCACGGCUCGAAGACACGCUUCGACUUAUGGCAUUGCUCUUCGACAUCACCGAGACGUUGCCGACCGAGUUGCGCAACGGGCUGAAGAAGUUGCCGCCAGAGAUGUGGCUUGAGGCUGUCCCUCAAUUGAUCGCUCGACUGGAGGCGAAGAACUCGCAGGACACGAGGGAGGCGCGGAAUGCUGGCAUCGUCAAGCAGGUCAUCCUCGACGUCAGCAAGGUGUAUCCGCAGGCGCUCGUCUACCCAAUCACGGUCGCUGCAAAAUCAAGUGGUUCGGAAAAUGGGCUGGAGCUGUUCACGCUAUUCAGUGACAUGUCCCCGAAGCACAACAAGCUGGCCGAAGAGGCGAAGCUGGUCACCGAGGAGCUCGUUCGAUGCGCCAUCCUUUGGCACGAACAGUGGAACGAAGCCCUGGACGAGGCGAGCCGGCUGUAUUUCCAGGAGAACGACAUCCCCGGUUUCCUGGCAACCCUCGACCCGAUGCACCAAAGGCUGAAGACGGCCCCGAUGACGAUCAAGGAACACUCGUUUGUACAAACCUACUUCGCCGAUCUGACGGACGCGCUCAAGUUCUGCAACGCCUACCGCAUUGGCCAAGACCGAAAAGAGCUGGCGCAGGCCUGGGAAAUCUACAUCAACGUGUUCAAGCGGAUUCAAGGUCAACUUCGACAACUGACCUCCUUGGACCUGACGUACGUGUCGCCAAAGUUGAAGAAUGCCAAAGAUCUCUCCAUUUCGGUCCCCGGCACCUACGACCCAGCACAAACGGACGAGGACAUUGUCCGCAUCAGCUACGUCGACACCCUGCUGACCGUCAUCAGCAGCAAGCAAAAGCCGAGGAAAAUGCAGAUGAGAGGCAGCAACGGACGGGAUUACAUGUUCCUGCUGAAGGGACACGAAGACCCGCGUCAGGACGAGCGUGUCAUGCAGCUAUUCGGGCUGGUUAACGCCAUGCUAGCGAAAAAUGAAGAAACUGGACGCACGAAUCUUGCCAUUCAGCGCUAUUCCAUCAUUGCCCUCUCGCAAAACUCGGGCCUGAUCGGCUGGGUGCCAAACUGCGACACGCUGCACACGCUCGUCAAGGAGUACCGCGAAAAGAAGAAGAUAUCGCUAUCCGCCGAGCACAAAGAAAUGCAAGCCAACGCGCAAGAUCUGGAGACGUUGCCGCUCGAUCAGAAGGUGCAACUUUUCAACCUGGCCCUCGCAAAGACGAGCGGCGAUGAUUUGCAGAAGAUUUUGUGGCUCAAGAGUCCCAGCUCCGAAGUUUGGUUCGACCGGCGCACGAAUUACACCCGCUCGAUGGCCGUGAUGAGCAUGGUUGGGUACAUUCUGGGGCUUGGCGAUCGCCACCCCUCAAAUCUGAUGCUCGACCGGCUAACGGGCAAGAUUGUGCACAUCGACUUUGGCGACUGCUUCGAGGUGGCCAUGUCCCGGGAGAAGUACCCGGAAAAGAUCCCCUUCCGCUUGACGCGCAUGCUCAUCAAGGCGAUGGAGGUCUGCGGCAUUAAUGGUAACUAUCGUCAUACUUCGGAGCGAGUGCUCGGUCUUUUGCGUGCGAACAAAGAUUCUCUGCUCGCCGUCCUUGAGGCCUUCGUCAAUGACCCGAACAUCAACUGGCGGUUGUUGGAAGUGAACCGGCAACGACGGAACCCCGCCGAGAAGCAGGACAUUUCCAAGAUGGUCAAGGACGAAGGGCUCAGUCAAGAGUCGGCUCGAAAAAUUGUCGAGCGGAUCAAGAGCAAGCUCAUCGGACACGACUUCGAACCGGAGCGCGAGUACAACGUCGUCGAGCAGUUCAACAAGCUCGUCGAAGAGGCCACAAACGCCGAAAAUCUGUGCCAAUGUUACGUGGGAUGGUGCCCGUUCUGG